GAGAAGCAGGCAAUCUGUAGCCGAGAGGAGAGCGACGACUGCUGGGUGGAUCGUAACGGUUGUCCCGCGGAGAAGAGAAGAGAAGGGCGGUGCUGUUAAAACACAUAAAAAAGUGUCAGUCCUUCUGCAGAUAUGAACGGUUCCACGGAAGUCACCAGGAGGCGAGUGCAAAAUGAGGGCCGCGGCAGGUCGGACAAGAUGGCGGAGCCUGUGCAGUGGGGGAGAGCCUGGGAGGUGGACUGGUUCUCUCUGCUGAGCGUGGUGGCUCUGCUGUGCUUCUCGCCGUUCGUCGUCUUCUUCUUCGUGAUGGCAUGCGAGCAGUACCGGUGCUCGGUCACGCAGCCCCUCCUGGAGCUCUUCGGCGGCGAGACCACCCUGCCCUCCAUCUGGGCCCGGGUCCCCUCCGUCACCCGGUCAGCCGCCAAGAUCUACGCCGCGUGGGUCACCUUCCAGGUGGUGUUGUACAUGUGCGUGCCCGACAUCCUGCACAAAGUGCUCCCCGGUUACGUCGGGGGCGUUCAGGACGGCGCUCGAACCCCCGCAGGCCUCGUCAACAAGUACGAGAUCAACGGGCUGCAGUGCUGGCUCAUCACGCACGUGCUAUGGCUGGCCAACGCCCGCUACUUCCUGUGGUUCUCGCCCACCGUCAUCUUUGACAACUGGAUGCCGCUUAUGUGGUGCGCCAACACGCUGGGCUACACCGUGGCCACCUUCGUUUUCGUCAAGGCCUAUUUGUUCCCCACCAACGCGCAGGACUGUAAGUUUACGGGCAACAUAUUUUACAACUACAUGAUGGGCAUCGAAUUCAACCCGCGUGUGGGCAAGUGGUUCGACUUCAAGCUGUUCUUCAACGGGCGCCCGGGCAUCGUGGCCUGGACGCUCAUCAACCUUUCGUACAUGGCCAAGCAACGAGAGCUCUACGGCCACGUCAGCAACUCCAUGGUGCUGGUUAACGUCCUGCAGGCCAUCUACGUGUUGGAUUUCUUCUGGAACGAGACGUGGUACCUGAAGACCAUCGACAUCUGCCACGACCACUUUGGCUGGUACCUGGGCUGGGGGGACUGCGUGUGGCUGCCCUACCUCUACACGCUACAGGGUCUGUACCUGGUGUACCACCCGGUGCAUCUGUCCGCGGCUCACGCCGUGGCCGUGCUGCUGCUGGGCCUGGCGGGCUACUACAUCUUCCGCGCCACCAACCACCAGAAGGACCUGUUCCGCCGCACCGAGGGCGCCUGCGCCAUCUGGGGCCGGCCCCCUUCCUACAUCGAGUGCUCGUACCGCUCCGCCGACGGCGGCGCGCACCGCAGCAAGCUGCUGACGUCGGGCUUCUGGGGCGUGGCGCGCCACUUCAACUACACGGGCGACCUGAUGGGCUCGCUGGCGUACUGCGCCGCCUGCGGAUUCGGCCAUCUGCUGCCGUACUUCUACAUAGUCUACAUGAGCGUCCUGCUGGUGCACCGAUGCGUGCGAGACGAGCACCGAUGCGGAAGCAAGUACGGCGCCGACUGGAAGCGCUACACGGAUGCUGUGCCGCACCGACUCGUCCCCGGAAUCUUCUAAGCCAACUCCCGGGUUUUUUUUUAUUUUUAUUUUUUUUAACCAUAUCAUGGGCCCCCGAUGAGAAAAAUGUGCCCAAGCCCUGAACUAAAGACCGACACUGUGGACCAAAUGUCUUGUGGUCUCAUAACUUCUGAUGAUAAUCUACAACAUUCUGAGACCAAAAACGAUUUUUCGCCACACUGUCGAAGUUCCUCAAAUGACACGCUAGUCACGUCUUAUCCAGCUGACAUCUACAACUGCUUGUUAUGCCAAAAUACAUUUUACUUUUCUUUUUUUUAAUUCCAUAUCUUUUACAAUCUAUUUGAUGCAACACUGAAUUACUAGCACAUCUUGUUGCAUACCAUUUUAUAAAAUCUAAUUGCUAAUUACAAGAUAUACAACGUGUUUAUAUAUAAUAAUAAAAAAAAUACAGAAUAAAAAAACAAAAGCAAAAUCAUGUAAUAAUACGAUGAUGAGGGAAUGAUACAUUUUAAGGGUUACAAAGUGGGCUUUUUUUCCCAGCAUUAACAAAUUUAACAGAACAAAUAAAAAAAAUCAAUAAAAAAAUUCUUAACAACUAAUAUUAAUUAAAUAAGUGCUCACUUGGCAAUGUUCAAGCGUGACUGACUCGAGUGAUUUUCUUCCACGUUAAGACGUAAAAUAACGUGAAAAUUGGUAUGCUUGUCAGUUUCUUAGCGGGAAUUUAACUACCAACUUUUCAGAAAAAAAUAGAGGCAUCAUAAAAAUCACUUAUCAUGAAAUAUAGCAAUCACAUCACAAAGUUGUGUCAACACUGACUGCUUUUGUGAAGUCGCGCUUCUCUGUUCGCAUCCCUAUAAAAAAUGGACAUCAACGACGAUGUACUUUGAACCCUGGGAGUUGCUAAAACAUUUAGUUAUGAAAAAUCAUCCUCAAUUCGAAUGAAUUAAUAGUUGAAAGUGAGCUCUGCUUCAAGCUGAUAUAUAUCACACAUGGGCGGUAGAGGGCAGCAAAGGACAAGCAAAGUCUCUUAAAAUUUGAUUUUGUCACCUGCUAGUAUGAUUAUUUUUCAGCAUUAAAACAUUAGCAAAAUAGUCUUGUGCUAUGAAAUACUUGACGAUAAAUAAAGUCAUAAAUACAUUGAUACAAUGUCUUGAUAAGAAACAAUAAUUUUUAAUAAUGUCAAGUCCAAAAUGCGUCAUUUUACAUUGCAGGACUGUGAAACAUUUUUAAUAGUGUAUACUAAAUAUGAUAUAGUGUAUUAAUAUUAUUAUUUCUUUGUAAUAUUACAUUAUACAAAUAAUUAUUUUAUAAUUCAUUUCAAAAUAAAACUUUUUUUUGACCCCAUCUACAAAUGACCUGGCCUGUGUGUACAUUUUAAAAGUCAAAUGUGGCUAAUGAUCUUAAAAGUUUGCACACCCCUUCGGUAGUUGUUCAAGUUCCAAUGCUUUUGUCUUCCAGACUUCCUAACUCAUUCACUGCCAUUUGACGGCUGUUGAAUUCCAAUAUCCAUGUUAAAAUGGAGGCCUGGCAGUUAAUAGAACCAGAGGUUGCAAUCUUUUUUACACUUGAAUGACAGUUAAGAAUACUAAAAUUUUACUUCUACAAACCUGUAAAUAUGCAGGCAACAAUAAAAUAAGAAUAACCUACUAGUAAUAAUAAUUUUAAAAAAUUGCCUGUACUGUAUGGUUACUAAACUGAUUAUUUCUAUUUCCAUGAUUUCCUCUAGGUAUAAAAUGUCUCUGCGUCCAAACAAAUGCAUUCCAGAAUGGAUUGUAUUUGACCUUUUAACGUUGCGUCGUAAAUCUCUUGUGAUAAUAAACUGUC